AUGCGACCCGUCCUGAAAUCGAUCCUCUCUUCCUCGGAAUCACGGCCGAUCUUCUAUUUCCUCCUGCUGAACCUUGUCUACCUCUUUGUCCAGCUAAUCUGGGGCGCUUGGACCAACUCGUUGGGAUUGAUCAGCGAUGCCGUGCACAUGGCGUUUGACUGUGCUGCGCUUGGAGUCGGCUUGGCAGCGAGCGUGAUGGCAAGGUGGGAAAAGGGUGGGAGGUGGACGUAUGGAUACGACCGAAUCCAGACCUUGUCAGGCUUCGCCAAUGGGGUGUUUCUCAUCUUGAUUUCGAUCUUUAUCCUCUUCGAAGGUGUUCAGCGAAUUAUGAACCCUCCACAGAUGCAAAACAUGACGCAGUUACUGUUCGUCAGUUCGGGCGGGCUGGCGAUCAAUUUGUGGGGAAUGUAUGCUACCGGACAUCACCACCAUGGGCAUUCGCACGGCGGCGGUGAUUGCGGUCAUAGUCAUGGAAACUCUGCCAAUAUGCGGGGAGUCUUCUUGGUGAGGAUUGACACGCUCGGAAGUGUCGGCGUCAUCGUCUCGACCGUCUUAAUCAACUAUACGGGUUUAACGGUGUUCGAUCCAAUCGCAUCUCUAUUUAUCGCCGGCUUGAUCGUCGCCAGCGUGAUCCCGCUCGUGGUCGAUAGCGGGCGUAUCUUGUGCCUCGAGCUGGGCCCGGAAAAGGCUACCGAGAUCAGACAAGCGCUUGGAGAGGUUUCCAACCUGGAAGGUGUCGCUUCUUACGGCGCAGCUCGAUUCUGGCCGGCAGACGAGGUCUCUCUCAUCGGGUCCAUUCACAUCCAGCUCGACGUCUCACGCAACGCAUACGAUCCUUCUCGACCGGUCGAUGCAUUUUCGACGACAGCAUACUUGGACGGGGCAAGGGAGAACGUCGUCUAUGCCAAUGCCGAGAAGGUCCGGAAACGAGUAGACAAGGCGCUUCGUGGGCGAAUUAGCGGUCUCAAAGAAAUGAGCAUACAAGUGGAAGGCAUGGCACCGAAUUAUUGCUCGUGUACGACCUGA